UGGUAAACACGGAUAACAACACGUUCGUCCGAGAUAGCGUUUUGUUUAUUUGUACGCGCGUUUGAUUACAAUCCGUUGGCUUCUGAGUUGGUGUGAUACCAUCGCACGUCGAGAACGGCAGUCAUCGGCGGUGGUUUCGCUUUUCGACCUUUAAUUUUUUUCUAAAUAUUAGUAAUACACAUUAUUAUCGCUUUUGUCGCCCGCUACCGCCCGCUAAACUCUCUCGGCGACGGUAACGAGAUCCGCGUCUGUCACAGCAGCAAUCUACCGUUUCUGCUUGUCGAUAUUUUAGUUACCUCUUUUCGAAGUGCUCAAAGUGAUUCCGUUGCUUGCCGAUUCGUCCGCCCGUCCGUCCGUUUCUAGUUCUAAUGAGAGUGAUGUGCGCGACGUGACCAGAAAAAUGAACGGCCGUCCAUCGUACUACCAUAGUCACUCACCGUUCUCCAAUAAUUCGCUGGCCAUCUGCAAGGAAAUUCAGCGGUUUGAGAGCGUUCACCCGUCCAUCUACGCGAUUUAUGAUCUCAUCGAGCUCAUACCUGAUCCAAUAGUCGCCCAACAAGUCAGGGACCACGUCGUAUGCAUCGAAGAAACGCCUCGGGGGAUCAACAUGAGAUUUUUAGAUUUACAAGUAUACCAGAAAAAAGCCUCUUCUGCGGCAUCUGCAGUCUUUGCUGAAGUUUAUUACACUUGUAAGUCAAUUUAUCGUUCACAUUCAGUCUGAUUGAAGAGAAUUAUUCAUAAUUUGUAUGCAACAACGUCUCCGUGUCACAGUGUCACAUUAUAUAGGUAAUAAUAAAACGAGUGGAUCUGCAAUACAUCUAUCGAGCCACAAUAUAGUAUACUUCUAGCAUACUUCUGUCAUCAUAUGCACUUCGCGAAGACGUAUUAUCUGAAUGACCUAAUUAUCCAAUUGCGAGAUAAUAUUCAUAAGUAUAUAAUAUUAUGGUGCAUAAGUAUAUACCUACAUGACUGUAAUGAAAAUUCACAUACACCUUUGCUGGAAGAGCGACAUUGCCCUAACCUAUAGCUUGUAUAAUACGCGUGUUCGUUGAAUUCGAAACGGUCCACAGUAAUACGGGAAAGGGAGAAUUCUGUGAAAACACAAUAUAUAUAGCUAUACUCAAUCCGGAUGCAUAUAUGGUAGCUACCUAAAUAUAUGACAUAUUUAUACAUAUACGAGUUUAAGCAGUUGUCUUCAGGGAUGUCCGUGACGAAUAUAUAUAGAAAACGUUUACCUCUUAUACACAAGUAUAACAAUAAUAUUCUUGAAUUGUUCCCUUAUAAACACGCUUCUCCGUAUGUGCGGUGUUAAACACAGUGUGAUUUACCAAGCACUCUUACCUUCCAUUUUUCCUUUCCGAUAAUGAAUUUAUUCAAAU